AUGGAGUGGAAUGGGAGCACAAGAGGGUUUGUUCCUAGAGAAGAGUCUUCCUUAAGCUUCAUCUACAACUAUAACUACAACCCAUAUCCAGGAAUGGAAGUGAAACAACAAGCAUUGUCCGAGACACCUCCAGCAAUAAUGGAAAAAAUGAACUGUGGGAACUAUGAGAAGAAGAAGCGACUAACAAGUGAGCAACUUGACUCACUGGAGAGUAGUUUCCAGAAGGAGAUAAAGUUGGACCAUGAUAGGAAGAUGAAGCUUUCCAAAGAGUUAGGGCUCCAGCCUCGCCAGAUUGCUGUUUGGUUCCAAAAUAGACGUGCAAGGUGGAAAACCAAGCAACUUGAACACUUGUACGAUUCACUUAAACAGGAAUUUGAUGUCAUAUGCAAAGAAAAACAGAAGCUUCAGGGAGAGGUUAUGCAGUUGCAGGCUAUGCUGAGAGACCAAGCUUCGAGAACACAAGUAUCAACAGGAUAUACAGAAAUCUCUGGAGAAGAAACAGUAGAAAGCACAUCAGAGGCUCUGCGUUGCUCCAACAAGUCACAUGGAACGCUUCAUCAUCAGCAGAUUAUUGAAGAGGGAAUCUGUUCUUUCACUUUGGAGGAUUAUAACACAGUUCCUGUAAUAUUGCCUAACUGGCCUGCUGGUGUUCCUUAUUAUCCUUAA